AACCCUAAAAGAUUUAUCGAUUCAGGAGUUUUUUCGAAUCCAAAAAAUUGAAAUCUCACACUCUCUCUUUUGGUCAGCUUUGAUUUAAUCAUUUGCGGUGUUUCUCUAGCAAAAAGGGAGGAGAAACAUGGUUGUAAGGAUCAGAUUAUCGAGAUUCGGAUGCAAAAAUCGGCCAUUUUUUCGGGUUAUGGCCGCGGAUAGCAGAUCCCCAAGAGACGGGAAGCAUCUUGAGGUCUUGGGUUACUUCAAUCCUUUGCCAGGCCAGGACGGUGGUAAGAGAAUGGGUCUGAAGUUCGAUCGAAUUAAGUACUGGUUAUCUGUUGGUGCUCAGCCAUCAGACCCGGUUCAGCGUCUCCUUUUCAGAUCUGGUUUACUUCCUCCUCCUCCAAUGGUGGCUAUGGGACGUAAAGGUGGACCAAGAGACACUCGCCCUGUUGAUCCAAUGACUGGUCGCUAUGUGGACGCAGAGAAUAACAAAACAGUUAAUGAUAACCAGUCUCAGGAAGAGGAAGACAAGAGCGCAUGAUUUCAUUAGCCUUUCAUCGUUGUAGCUUUUAUAAGUUCUCACUUUGUUGCCGGUUGAUCAUAUCUAUGUGUCAUGCACUUUAUACUAAAAAAGCUUGUUCGGUUGUUCCUUUGUUUUGGCAAAUAAACGGCAAAGUGUUUAGAAGCCUUUUUUAGCUAAAACCGGCACAUAUUUUUCAUUUGGGAUUUAAUUGAAUUUUACCGUAUGCUUUGGUCAUU